AUGGUACAGCUAGAUGCAACAACUGCUUUCUUAAAUGGUGAUAUUGAUUACUCAAUAUAUGUUAAGCCUCCAGCUGGAACUGAGACCCCAGCUGGUAAAGUGUGGAAACUCAGGAAGAGUUUGUAUGGUCUCAAACAAAGUCCAGCCAUCUGGUACGAUAAGUUGGCUGGCGUGCUGAAGUCUGCGGACUUGAAGGUGUCUAAUAUUGAUCCAUGUCUUUUCUAUGACAAAGGGAUCAUGGUGUUGGUGUAUGUUGAUGAUAUGUUGGUGUUUGGUGAAAACGAGAAGAAGGUGAAGGAGAUUAAGGAGAACUUGACGGAAAGAUGUUCUUGGGUGUGA